UCCUAGGUCUAUGAACUAAAGUGGUUUGUGCUAUUUUUAUCAAAUAAUUAACAUUUAAAUAAAAAAUAAUGACCUCCAUGGCAUCGGACUGUGAAUCGAACGUUAGUGGGUUCAUAACAUGCAAUGACCGGACCAUCUCCCAAAUGUAUUUGUCUGCUAUUGAGGGAAUGGAGUCAAUAAACCAAGAUUUGCUGCAAAUAGCGAACAACAUGAAGAGGAUUGUAAGCCAGGCGGGUCCCCUGGAGAGCCAGCUAAAUGCCUUGCUCCGAGCCCUGCCAGACCCCAACCUGCAAAUGAACAUGGACACGGAAUGACAUUGUUAACUUAAGGAAAACACCAACUUAGUUUGAUAAAUUUAAGCUUAUGUGAAGCAUUGACGUAUAUCUCAGGAUGGGCCUUACGGGCACUAAAAAUGGUAGUUUCUGUGGUGUCACUCACUAAUUCGAGCGAGUGUAAUGCAACGAGUUGCGACCAAUGGUGCGCGUGAUCCGAACUCAUCAACCAAUCGCGUUGUAGCUGUGUCACACCGCUGUACUGGCCCCAUUCUAUUG